GGAAGGGAGCGGGCGCGGAGGGCGGCCAGGCCGGGAACAUCGGCCUGGGCUCGAAGCCGCCAGGGAGCAGGGCAGCCAUGGCCUGGCGAGCGCACCCGGGCGGCCUUCCAACUGUGGAGGACACCCGGCCUCUGGGUGGGACGACCGGGCAGUAGACCUUCCCCGAGCCAGUCUGGAAAGGAAACAACCCGCCCUGUGCCGCUUGCGGGGCGGAGCUGAGGGCGGUGGCAGGGAGGCUGGCCACUUCUCUGCAGGACCCAUCCCUGCUGCUGGCCCUCACUGUCAUCGGGGCCACUGUGAUCCUGAUGGCCCUCAAGAAGAUGAAAUCUAGGAGGAGAGAGUUUAUCACCUUACGGGACCCUGCCGCCAAAUACCCACUGCCCUUGAUUGAAAAGGAGCAAAUCAACCAUAACACCCGGAGGUUCCGCUUUGAACUACCUUCACCGAACCAUGUCUUAGGGCUUCCUGUAGGUAACUAUGUUCAUCUCUUGGCCCAAAUUGAUGAUGAAUUGGUGAUCAGGGCUUAUACACCUGUCUCCAGUGAUGACGACCAAGGCUUUGUGGACUUAAUUAUAAAGAUCUAUUUCAAAAAUGUGCACCCCAGGCAUCCUAAAGGAGGGAAGAUGACUCAGUACUUGGAGAACAUGAAAAUUGGAGACACCAUCCUUUUUCGAGGCCCAACAGGGCACCUGUUUUACCAUGGGUCAGGGAAGCUUACAAUCAAACAAGACAAAGCAAGCAAGCCUGAAAAAAAACUGGUUCGUCACUUGGGGAUGAUUGCCGGGGGCACAGGCAUCACACCCAUGCUGCAGCUCAUUCGACACAUCAUCAGAAACCCCAGUGACAGGACCAGGAUGUCCCUCAUCUUUGCCAACCAGACAGAAGAAGAUAUCUUGGUGAGAAAGGAGCUUGAAGAAAUUGCCAGGACGUACUUCUUCCAGUUCAACCUGUGGUACACCCUGGACAAGCCUCCUGCUGGCUGGAAGUACAGCUCAGGCUUUGUUACUGCCAACAUGAUCAAGGAGCACCUCCCUCCUCCUGGGAAGGCCACACUCAUCCUGGUGUGUGGCCCACCACCCCUCAUCCAGACGGCGGCUUAUCCCAGCUUGGAGCUGCUAGGUUAUACUAAGGACAUGGUUUUCACCUACUAAUAUCCCCUGUGGUAUUAGUAAGUGGGUGGGUCCUUCUCCUCUGCUGCGGAGUGAGUCUGGCUUCACCAUGUUAAACUGGGGUAUUGUCAGAGUGCCUCUUCAUGCACCCUGGGAUGUGCACAUUGGUGCUUUUCUCUUGGGUGUGGGUCCAAGAAGCAUUUAAGGAGCUGGAGACAAAGUGGUUUGUGAGCUUCCCGGCUUGGAUGCUGGAAAGAGCUCCCUGGUAUAUCUUUCUCCAUGAGUGAAAUAAACUGAAG